AUGUGGAAAAGCAUAUUCUCUAUUUAUUAUGUUCUUUUAUUGUUUUGUGUUAUAUAUUUUAGUUGUGUUCAAGGCAAGUUCCGGGAACUUUUUCAUCAAAUAUGAGGAUAAUUUACAGGAGUAAAUGCAUCUGACUGCACAACAAAAACCGUGAAAACUGGAACUGUUUGUGUUUGCGAUGUGAAAUCUUGUGAUGAAGUUCCGGCUUUGGAUGUGACAAUGGGACAAGGUGCAUUGUAUACAACUUCACAUUCUGGAUAUCGAUUACAUCGCGACGUUGUUUAUCCAACUGAUAAUGAACCUUGUAAGUGGGAAAGAAAAGGGUGUGAUUUUUUGCACAUGGGAAACUUUCAGAUAAUCAUUUCAAUUUUUUUUAUUUUAGAAAUCAUAAAAACCAUUUUUUUUAAAGCGAAAAAACCAUUUUUCAGUUGGAACCCUUCACGUCACCAUUGAUAGUUCGAAAAAAUAUCAAGAAAUGGUCGGAUUUGGAGCAACAUUUUCCGAUGCAACUGGCGCCAAUUUGAAAUCUCUGCCGGAUAAACUUGCUGAUACAGUAAUCCGUCAAUAUUUCUCUCCUGGUGGCCUUGGUUUCACGUUGGGAAGAGUUCCAAUUGCAAGUAGUGAUUUUUCAACAAAUGUUUAUAGUUAUAAUGAUGUUAGUGAAGACUUCUCAAUGCAAAAUUUCAAUUUGACAACCGAAGAUUCAUCUUGGAAAAUUCCAUAUAUAAAAAGUGCGAUGAGUUAUUCAAAUAAUCGAUUGAAAUUAAUUGGUGUUCCAUGGAGUGCACCUGGUUGGAUGAAAACAACAAAACAAAUGGCUGGAUAUGGUGCAUUGAAUGGUAAAGCUGGCGAUAAUUAUCAUCAAGCUUAUGCUUUGUAUAUUCAAAAGUUCUUGCAAGCUUAUAAUCAACAAGGAUUACCAUUUUGGACUGUUAGUGUGCAAAAUGAACCAACAAAUGGGUCGAAUAAAAAAUAUAAGCCUCAAACAACAUUGUUCACAGCCGAAACUCAACGGUAACAAACUAUUAUUUUUUUAUUUCUUCAAUAAUUUUGUUGUAGCGACUUCAUUCGAUCUGAUCUUGGGCCAAUUCUUAGAUCAUCACCAGACACGAAAAAUGUUAGCAUUUUAAUUUUGGACGACAAUCGCAAUAAUUUGCCAGGUUGGGCGGAUACAGUUUUGAAAGAUGAAGUUGCGGCUGAAUUUGUCUCUGUAAUUGGUGUUCAUUCUUAUGAUGAUUCCGCAUCGGAUGGGCAUUUGGAUAAAACACACACAAAACAUCCGGGUGUUUUCAUUUUGGGAACUGAGGUACAGUAGAAAUUUUUGAUUGAGGGAUUUUAGAGCAAGAUUUUGAUUUCAAAAUGACCUUCUAAAGAUGUUUUCUUGGAAAAUAUUUCUCAUCUUUUUCUAUAAUAAUAAAGUUCCGAAAACAUUUCUGAGAAAUAUGAACGUUGUCACAUCGGUCAGAAAUCAUAUUUUCUGUGCUUUGCUUAUCUGAUUACAAAACAUCACAAAUUAGCAUCAAUUUAUUUUAAAAAAAUAGUUGACUCCUUUGAACUCGGUAUAAAAUUUGAAUAAUUUGAAUGAUGAGGAAAUGAAUUUUGCUAUUUCAUAGCUAUUUUCCGUUGAGAAAUGUGUCUUGAGAUAGCUAUGACGUUUAAUUAUUCAGAACUGAUUCACAAGGGAACCUUUUUCACUCAACACUUCAAACCUUGAUGAAAUUUUGUCCAGAGACAGCUUUUUGGGGUCAUAAGAACACCCUAAAAAUUUAAGUUACCCAAUGGACCUAUGAGCCAAGUUCUGGGCUCUCAAAAACUCAAAAAAGGCCUAAAAAUGGUCAUAAAAGGCAUCAUAGCUCCAUUUCAAAAAUUUUUUUGGGAGAAAUAAAGUUUCAGAUAUUGAUCAGCAUAGUCGAUUACCUAAAAGUAAAUCAAUAAAAAACAUUUUUUCGAAAAAUUUUGAAGUUUUUUAUUUUUUGAGCUGAGAAUUCAUGAAAAUUCAUAUGUGCCCCUGCUCAUUCUUUUUUUUCAAAAUCAAAAUUUUUUUCUGAAAAUUUGAUUUAUUGAUGGUUUUUGGGUAAAUCGACCACGGUGAUCAUCAUCUGCUACUCAGUUUUUCAUAAAAUUGAUCGAGAAUUGAGUUAUGACGUGUUUUAUGAGCCAAUUUUGGCAAUUUUUGAACUUUUGAGAGCCCAGAACUUGGCUCAGAGGUCCAUUGGGUAACUAAGAUUUUUAGGGUGUUCUUAUGGUCCCAAAAGCUGUCUCUGGACAAAAUUUCAUCAUGAUUUGAAGUGUUGAGUAAAAAAGGUUCCCUUGUCAGAUUAGUUCUCUAUUGCAUUAUCAAUUCAUUUAUAAUUAUUUUCAGGCCAGUCAAGGAUACAAGGAAAAAGACAGUCAUGUUGUGGUUGGUUCCUGGGAUCGAGCUCAAUCUUAUGCCUCUGAUAUAAUUGAUGAUAUGAAUAAUUGGGUUAGCGGUUGGAUGGAACGAAAUUUGAUUCUUGAUCAGGAAGGUGGCCCAAGUUGGGUUCCGGAUUAUACAGAUGCUCCUAUAAUCGCAGUUCCAAGUACCGCUUCAAUUUAUAAACAACCAAUGUGGUAUGCAAUCGGACAAUUCAGUAAAUUUAUUCAACCUGGAGCAUAUCGCAUUGAUCAUUCUUAUAAUGUUAUUGAACUCGAAGUCAAAUGCACUGCAUUUUUGAAUCCAGAUGGAAGCAAGGUUUUGAUUUUAUUGAAUACUGGAAGUAUUACAGCACAUACAAUUGUAUUGCGAGAUUCGGCUGAUAGUUAUAAUCAUUAUCAAUUCCAUCUUCCAACUAAAUCAAUUACCACUUUAUAUAUCCAAAAUUGA